UGUGGAUCUAGUCAUUUAUCACCUGCCCCCAUCCCCAUCAACUCAUACCAGUCUUUUGUUGUCGCGGAGCUUUGGUGAUGGGGGUGGGGGCUGGGGUUGCAUGUCUGAUCAUGUAUGUUUGACCUGAUUGUUCCGGUUCAAAAGGGUUUUCAGACCCGAAACGAGGAUUAUCAUAUUUGCCCUUUUUCAUGUAUGAAUGAGUGUUUCAAUAAUUUAGGGUUUUAAUUGAGCAGAAUAUAUUUAAAUUCUUAAGAAAAUGUGAGGAACAGAUGAGGUUGAAAGGAGGAGGGGUGGCUCCAUCAGCGUUUUUUGGGCUUUUAAAUUCAACCUAAAGAGAGUAAUCAAAGUUGGCCCAUCACUGGUUCUUUCAGCUGUUUGGAAGCGGCCCCUCCCCUGACAGCGCCUCAGUAAAACUCCAUGUUGCAGCUGCGAGGAGCGCGCGGCGGACCUCUCCAAAAGACAGCGCGCACGAGACAAUGAUGAAUGAAUGACAAUCUGCGUCCACAUGGACAACCUUGUUUUAAUAGAUUCAUUUAUUUAUUAAAUAUUUAGGAUUUUACUUUGAAAAGCUUACUUUCAGACUGAACUCUCUGCGUAAAAAGUGAGAUGAGGAUGUUGGCGCACUCGGUGGCGACGCUCGCGCUGCUCCUGUCUUGGGGUCACUGCGUGCUGACCACGCGGGUCACCUUCCUGAACUCCUCCGUGGACGUCGGCGCGCGCUCCGGUUUCCUGCAGCGACGGCUGCGCAGCCAGGAGCGCAGAGAGAUGCAGCGCGAGAUCCUCUCCAUCCUGGGGCUGCCGCACCGGCCGCGGCCGCACGCGCGCGCCAAGCACGACGCUGCACCCACGUUCAUGCUGGACCUGUACAACAGCAUCUCCGCGGGCCCGGAGCUGCUCGGAUAUUCCUACUACCAAACGGCGCUGCCCACACAAGCCCAGCCGGCCGUGACUCCGCGGGACAGCCGCUUCCUGAAUGACGCAGACACGGUCAUGAGCUUCGUCAACCUCUAUGAUGAAGAUGUUCUGUUCCAUCCCGGUGCAUGGCAGUUUCGCUUCGACAUCUCCAGUAUUCCAGAGGGGGAGGCCAUCACCGCUGCAGAGCUCAGGAUUUAUAAAGAUUUCAUUGAAGGGCACGGCAGCAAGGAAACAUUUAGAGUCAGUGUCUUCCACGUUCUAGAGGAGCCUCUCAACAGAGAAAAGCAGCUGCUGCUGUUGGAUCAGCGAGACGUUUGGGCCUCAGACGAGGGCUGGCUAGUCUUCCACCUGACGUCCACCAGCACCGCAUGGCUGGACCGCUCUGAACAGAACCUGGAGCUGCGUUUGGUGCUGGAGGACAGUCGUGGUCAGGAGAGGAACCCCCAUCUUGCCGGGCUUGUGACAAGCAGUGGACCCAAAGAUAAGCACCCCUUCCUGGUGGUCUUUUUCAAAGCCAGCGAGGUUCGAUACCGCAGUGCCCGCUCAGCCCACAGAGGGCGCCAGGGGAACCGCUCCAAACCACAGAGGACUCCCCAAGAUGCAAUGAAGGCAGCAGAAGCAGCAACAGACAGCCUGGGGUUCUCUAAAGAGGGCUGCAAGAAGCACGAGCUUUAUGUCAGCUUCAGAGACCUGGGGUGGCAGGACUGGAUCAUUGCACCAGAGGGCUACGCAGCGUACUACUGCGAGGGAGAAUGCGCCUUCCCUCUCAACUCGUACAUGAACGCCACCAAUCACGCUAUAGUGCAAACUCUGGUGCAUUUCAUCAACCCAGAGACAGUGCCCAAGCCCUGCUGCGCUCCCACACAGCUCCACGGCAUCUCAGUGCUGUACUUUGACGACAGCUCCAACGUCAUCCUCAAGAAGUACAGAAACAUGGUGGUCAGAGCCUGUGGAUGUCACUGACUCCCUCUGGGGUCUGUCAGUGAGGAGAAAUCAGAACUAAAGUGACAAAAGACUAACUUCAUGAAGAAUAACUGUUUGGAAUUCACACAUCUGAAUUGUAAAGUCCUGAUGGGGCUGCUUUCAAGUUGACCACUUUCUACUGACUCAUCUCGUUGAGGUAGACUUCAGAUAUGUGACUUUCAGAGGAGCAGCAGGCGGUCUUUGAGAGGUGGUGAUAUUUAUUCUGAUAAAUCCAGUGGCUUCAGUU